AUGGAGCAGGAGGAGGUCGAGGAAAUGAGUGAAAUCUCUACACAACCACAGAACGGAUCGGAAGACGAGGAUUUCGACGAGAAAGCCGAUUUGCUGAACACUUUUCUGGAUCUAGAAGAGUUGGACACGGAUCUUUAUCGGUCUACACAUCAACUACGAGGCCGGAAAGCGCACAAUAGGGUGUAUGGUGGACAGGUUGUCGGUCAAGCUUUGAUGGCAGCACAUCGAACAAUCGACUCGGAGUUCAAAGCGCACAGUCUUCAUUGUAACUUCUUGUAUGCUGCUGAUGCCGAUCGUCCCCUCUUGUACCAGGUGUCUCGGAUUCGUGACGGUCGCUCAUUUGCCACUCGUUUGGUUCGAGCAAAGCAGGGUGGUCGAGCAAUUUUCAGCUCUUCGAUUUCGUUUCAGAAAAUCGAGCCCGACUCGAUCACUCAUCAACAACGAAUCCCCGACGUUCCACCGCCAGAGGAAUGUGAGGAUGCACAGGAUUUCCUCAGGAGAUUGAUUGCUGAUCCAAAGACGGUUUCGGUUGAAGGACAACGAGCUGCUGAAGCUUAUCAACAAGUUCUGGAUUUCCCAAAAACCUUUCGCAUCAAAUUCAUCAAGCCGCGUGCCUAUGUGCAGGGAGCACUCGAUGAGCCGAUGAAAUUCGCUGUUUGGGUGAAAAACAAUGCACUUCUGGGAGAAGUUGAGCAUAUCCAUCACUGUGUGGCGGCUUUCAUUUCGGAUAUUGCGCCGAUCGGUACCCCGAUUGCCAUUCAUGCAGCGAAGGGAUUCAGAUUGGGAAUGGCCGCCUCUCUUGAUCACUCAAUGUGGAUUCAUCAUCACGAUUUCAAAAUCGAUGACGAUUGGGUGCUUUAUGAGACAGAAUCGACGAUAGCUGCGGCUUGUCGAGCGUUGAUUCAUGGUAAGAUGUGGACACGAGACGGGCGAAUGGUUCUUUCUUCGACGCAGGAAAUUCUCAUUCGAGGCCAGCGCGACGACGAGCCAGUCGGUCAAAAGAAACGCAGUGAUUCGACGUUUCUGCGA